AUGAUAACGUCAUUAAGAAGACUAGAAGGUGUUUUCCUUCAAUGUGCCAUUUGUGUAGACGAGAUUGCGAAACUCUUAGCCAUAUUACUUGUCAGUGCAGAUUUUCCAAGAGAUUUGGUGGCUUCGUAUAAGGCUGCUAAGGGGUGCAGCAGGAUGAUUAAGGAUCUGUGGUUGGUUGCUAAUCUUGCAAUCACUACGAAGUUAUGGAGGCUGCGCAACAAAUUUUAUUUUGAAGAUGUUGUUGUGCAUUGGCUAGGUCUUAAAGGUAGAGUUUAUCAGUUAAUUCAUGAUAACUCAAUAUGGAUGAAGGGCCAUAUGAAUAAUACAAUGGAGGAUUUACGCAUCUUGAAUUAUUUCAAAGUGAAGCAUAGAUCGUGCAAAGUUUCUUCUCCAAUUGAGGUAAGGUGGUGUCCUCCUAACCAAGAUGAAAUCAUGAUUUGCUGUGAUGGUGCAUCCCUUGGGAAUCCAGGCCCGGCUGGUACUGGCGUUACUUUUCGUGAUGCAAACACAUCUGUUUUGGGAGUCCUCUGUGUUGGCCUGGGAUUGCAGACAAACUUUUAUGCGGAAGUGUGCGCAGUUAUAUAUGGUACUAUGUUGGCCAGAAGGUAG